AUUGGCAACAUUCGUAUAAGUUCCGUUGCUAAGCAACGGCGCCAAAUGUAAACAAACAUUACUUUUACGGAAAUGAUUCAGACGCGCAUUGCAGUUCUUAAUUGUUAUUAUUGAGGUAAAAGAUAAAAGUUAUCAUCAAAAAUGGUGGAAACGGACUGGCGAGAAAUAUUAAGUUUCUCACAGAAGGAACUGACACAAUCGGAUAAAGAGAAAUUAUGUGAAAGUUUGUGUUGGAUGGAGGCUGAUGAUAUUGAAUUGAACUUUACUGACUUGAAAACACUAUUUAGACUCGCGCAAGAUAUUCUAAAACUAAAGAGUGAACAGGUAAACAACCUGGUCGGGCAACUAAAGUCAUCUCAUAAGAAAAGCGGCAAAAUGAAAGUGGAGAGUACAUACGCAGUGUCCCCAACACAAAGUAAUGACAGCGCACUAGAAACGAUAACUCAUCAAGAAGAAAUAAUAAAAGCAAACAAAGAAAUAUUGGAGCAAUUGUACGCUGACAUUGCUGACCUGGAGUCAAGGAAAAGUAAAUUAGAAGAGAGUAGAAGUAACUUCGAUAUAGAUAGUGAUUCCAGUCGUGAUGUACUCUCAGAAAUGAACGCAGUAGCUGAACUGGAACAAGAAGUUACCAUGAAGAAUAAGCAUAUUAGAAAACUACUUAAUGAUGUUAAAAUUUUAGAAGAAGAGAAUACGAACCUAAAAGAAAAGGUUUCUGUUCUAAAAGAUAAGUUAACUGAAGCUACUCAAUUAAUCGAUAACUUGACGGAGCAAAUAAUGGCGAUCAAUAAUGAAUGUGGACAAUUGAAAGAGCUAUUAGGAAAGUCAGAGCAAGCCAAAGCUCAUUUAUCGGUUGAAAUGGAAGCAUUGAGGAAAGAACUUUUUGAAAAAGAUUCUAAAAGAGAAAAUCUGUAUGAAGAUAUCAAAUCUAAAGUUCAACAUUGGAAAAGUAUAGCUAAAUCAAAGAAAGCUGAAUUAGAAGCAGUAACUAAUGAAAACUUGAAGCUAAAAGAAGAUUUAAAGGAUGCAACAAAAAGUACAACCUCAUCACCCAAGGCAAGUAUAGUAUUUAAAUUAGCACUUGAAACUGAUCAUGAUAUCAUUUUACUAAAAAAGAUAUUAGCCUAUCACUGUUAAGCAUAAGCAUCUUAGUACAAUUUACUAAGAAAAUCUAAAUACGCUCUCAUCUUACACAGAAAAGUGACGCAGAGAAACGCAAAAUAAAG